UUAUCGCAUGUAGCUUUUAAUUGCCUGUACGAUGUGAAGUAUGUUAUAAAUAAGGAAAAAAUGGCGGAUAACGAUGUAAAUGGUGACUCUGAUGAAGUACAACAAGAGAAAUCACAGAAAAAGACAGCAAAAUAUGACAGCGGAGCGGCAGAUUUAGAAAAAGUCACAGAUUAUGCGGAAGAGAAGGAAAUACCCUCAUCUGUUGGAAUCACUUGUGCUUUAAGUAUAAUCGGAGAUCAGCGAAAUAAGGAGGCUGCGGAAAAGAAAGCAAGAGAAAAGGAAUUGCUAAAAGUUUCUAUUAAAAAAGAAGAUGUUGAUCUCAUUAUGAAAGAAAUGGAAAUAAGCAGAAAUGUAGCAGAACAAACACUCAGGGAACAUGGAGGGAAUGUUGUGGAUGCAUUAAUUACAUUAACAAAUUGA